AUGGACGCGCUGGCUAUCAUGAUGCAGGACCUCCUGACCCAGAACCGUGCGCUGCGCAAGGAGAACAAAGAGCUCAUGGACCAGGUGCGGCGGGUCCUGUGCGAGAAAGCCAACCUGCUGGCCCAGGUGCGCCCGCCCGCCUGCCCGGUGGAUUUUCCCGAGACGUUCAAAGGCGAUUCCGCCCGGCUUCCCGAAUUUUUGAUCCAAGCGGCCUCUUACAUGAGGUUCUUUGAGGCCAGGUUCUCGAACGACACCCUCAAGGUGGCGUUUUUAAUCAGCCGCCUCAGUGGGCCGGCCGAGGAGUGGGUUGUUCCCUACAUCGAGAGGGAGAGCCCCAUCCUGGCGCAUUACGAGGGCUUCGUGGACGCGCUGAAGCGGGCCUUUGGCAGGAACGGGUAG